AUAGAAGGAGCAGAUAGCCCUUUACCAAAAUUGUAAAUUUCAUGAUCCCAGGGGUAGGAGUUAUGGUAUCAGGGUGGGGCCAAAAUGGUCAGUGACAAAAUGUGUUCACAACAGAACAUUUUUAACUUCUUCAGGUAAUAACCAUCUUUUCAAAUUUGGUAUGAAGCACUUUUGGGACAAGGGAGACAAAAAUUGUAUAUUUCAGAACUCUUGCACCUUUUGGGCAAGGCAAAACUUCACAAAUUUUCAAAAAUCUUCAUUAUAAGCACACUUGUGAGAAAAACUAAAUGCAUAGUGAUGUAGAUCAGGAAGACCUCUACCAAAAUUGUAAAUUUCAUGGCCCCCAGGAUAGAGGUUCUGACUCCAGGGAGGGGUCAAACUUGGUAUAUAGAGUAAGAUAUAAUGUGUGUAAAACAUUUAGAUAAUACCUUUUUAGCUCACCUGAGCUGAAAGAUCAAGUGAGCUAUUCUGAUUACAUGUUGUCUGUCUGUAAACUUCUCACAUUUUCAUCUUCUCCAGAACCACUGGGCUAAUUCAAUCAAACUUGGUACACAUCAUUCAUGGGUGAAGGGGAUUCAGAAGGGCUACUCAAGCCCCCUUCAAAUGAAAGAUUAUGACGAAAAUGCAAAAAAAGGGUGGGGUGAUUUAAAAAUCUUAUCAAGAAUUGCUGGGCUAGAAAUGUUGGAAUUUACAUAAAAGCUUCCUGACAUAAUGCAGAUUCAACUUUGUUCAAAUCAUAGUCCCUGGGGGUAGGAUGGGGCCACAAUAGGGGAUCAAAGUUUUACAUUCAAGUGUACAUGUACAUACGGAAAAUCAUCCCAAGAACCAAUGGGCCAGAAAAGUUGAGAUGUACAUGCCAGCUAGCUUCCUGACAGGGCCUAGUGCAGAUUUUUCACUCGUAUGGAGACGUCGCCAUUGCCGGUGAAGGGCUGCAAAAUUUAGGCCUAUGUUUGGCGCUUACAGCCUUUGAGGGACCUUUAUCGUGUGACAUGGGACCUCAUAUUUUGCGGUCUCAUCUGAAGGGCCACCCCAUUUAGUCGCCUCUUACAACAAGCAAGGGGUACCGAGGACCUAUUCUAACCUGGAUUCCCAUGGGGUGAUAGAUGGGGGAAAUCUUUAAAAACAUCUCUUGACUAAUACAUGUACAUUUUUUAUGGAAAGACCUUUCAUAUGAUGCAAUGUUGUGUGACCUUGACCUGAAAGUUUGACCUACUUAAGAUAAAAGUCUGACCUAUACAAUAUGUCCUGAACUAUUUAACAGUUUGAGGUAAAUCUUUCAUAUCUUUUACAUAUAUUUCUUAUGGCAAGACCUAUCAUUUUAUAUCAUGAUCUUUGACCUUGAACCUACUUUUAAUAAUAUGUCCUGAACUAUUUAACAGUUUAAGGUAGAUCUUUCAUAUCUUUUACAUAUAUUUCUUAUGGCAAGACCUUUCAUUUCAUAUCAUGAUCUUUGACCUUGAACUCGGAGUUUGACCUACUUUUAAGAAAACAUAAACUAUUAGGAUAUAUUCAGAACUAUUUUAGGUGCCUUAUAUAAAAUAGUUCCAGAUGUAUUUAAUAUUUUCAUAUUUUGUAUAUAGAUUAUGUUGAUGUAUGAGCUACCUUCAUCCAAUAUUUGGAAGGAUGUAAGCAUUAAGUAUUUCACUUGAUCACAUUAGGUAUGUUGCUGUGACUUGAAUGUUCCACAUGAAUGAACCCGGACGCAAGUUGAAUCUCUAAUCAGAUGCUCAAACAAUAGAGCUAUCUGGCUACCGGCGAUCGAACCCGGCUGACCAGUACACAACUAUCGUAUUGUGCAUGGAAAUGUUUUGUCUUCAUUCCAUGAACAGAAAAAUAUGUCAAUCUGCUUAAUUCAAAUAAUGUAUCCUUUAAUCAAACAGAUCCUUAAUUAAAUAUUUGGAGGGCUAGCUAGAUUUUGUUUUUCCACAUUGUACAUAUCUUUGGUCAUUGAUACAUAAUUUCCAUUAAUUAGACAAAGUUCUACAUAAUUGGAUUCAAGGCAGUUUACUUCUACAUUUGUGUGUGUGUUCAUGAGGACUAAAUAUUUUCUUGUAUACAAAAAUGUGCGAUGUAAUGCAUGACAGUAACGGUGUUCCAUAAUCGAAACGGUAAAAUUUCAUAAUCAAUCACCCUUUUUACUGUUGUAAACAAUAUACGGUAUUAUGUGGUCCAGUGCCUAGGAAAUUUGCUUACGCCAUGUUCACCGAAAUUUUGAUAUCCUUGCUGGCCGUGUUUGGUUUGACAUACUUGGUGAAAUUCUACACACGUUACCGGAGAUGGAAACAAGUGACCGACAACAUGACACAGCUGGGUCCAAGUCAUCCGAUUUGGGGACACCUUCACCUGUUUCAGAACAUGGCAGAAUAUUGUUCACUUGUCUUCGACCUUAUGGAAAAAACUCAUACGAAACUUGUUGCUAGUUGGGCCAUGUUCAUCAUACCCUUUAUAACCUCGUGUCACCCCGACACUGCUAAGAUCAUCAUCAAGGAGACGUACGCUAAACCCAAAAAUAGCAUUGUUGGCUACAGAUUGGUAGAACCAUGGUUAGGUGAUGGGCUGCUACUGUCAGAGGGGAAGAAAUGGGAGCGAAACAGACGUCUUCUCACGCCAGCAUUCCAUUUCGACAUCCUCCGACCAUAUGUGGACAUAUACAAUGACGUGGCCGAUAUAUUUCUGAGGAAGCUACAGAAGUUUUGCGAUGCUGGAGAGACUGUAGAAAUUUACAAUCUGGUAACUCUGGCCACACUCGACACCAUGUUACGAUGUUCUCUGUCGUACCAAGAUCACGUCCAAGAAAAGGGGGAGAAUCAUCCAUACGCAGACGCGGUGAGGAAGCUGACGAAACUCACGAUCAACCGGGCAUUGAAGCCAUGGCUCUAUUUGGACUGGUUAUACUCGCUGUCUUCAGAAGGAAAAGAAUUUGUUAGAUUAACAGAUUUUGUACACGAGUUCGCGGAUGCGAUUAUAAAAUCGCGACGACAGGCGUUGGCAAAUGAUCCAAGUCAGUUACAAAAAAGAAGACGUGAUUUUCUCGACAUACUGAUCACUGCAAAAGAUGAAAAUGGAGACGGUUUAUCAGACCUCGAUAUUCGAGCGGAGGUGGACACUUUUCUCUUUGAAGGACACGAUACAACGUCCUCCUCCAUUAGUUGGGCGAUUUACUGCCUUGCUAAAUAUCCAGAGGAACAGGAAGCUGUUUAUGAAGAGGUGAUGGAGGUUCUCAAUGGGAGAGAAAAAUUACAGUGGGAAGACCUUCCAUCACUGAAGUAUAUGUCGAUGUUCCUGAAGGAAGUAAUGAGAAUGCACUCGCCCGUACCGUUCAUUAGCAGAAUCACCUCGAAACCCUUGACGCUAGAUGGCGUUACAAUUCCCGCCAACACCAAGAUAGAUAUCCUCAUCCACGCCAUCAAUCAUCAUCCGGAUAUCUGGCCUGAUAAUCGGGAAUUCAGGCCACGUCGAUUUGAAGAUGAUACAAAACAGGACAGAGACCCGUAUAGUUAUAUUCCUUUCUCUGCCGGGUCAAGAAACUGCAUUGGACAGAACUUUGCAAUUAGUGAAGAAAAAGUCAUGAUUGGAUCACUUGUUCAAAGAUUUAAGGUCAGCAUCGUUAAGGAUCACGUGUAUGAACACUUCCCACAGUUUGUAAUGAUGUCAAAAUACGGUAUCAAAAUCAAUUUAGAGGAACGAAAGAAUUGAUUUAUUCUAGAGAAUGGCACUGGAACAAUGUUUACCUCACAAUUUUUUUUAUAAGCAACAUGUUUAUGCACUACCUAUGUUUACUGUUUUCGUAUUUUACAGUUUUACGUUUGUCAAUGUGAAAUCCUAAUGUGUCCAGGUAGCGCAUCUCGCUUCUCACCGCUUCGACCCGAGUUCGAUCCCCGUGAUCGGCAGUGGUUGUAUGUGAGAGGGUAUGGCGGUCGCCCGCUCGGACACGUGGGUUUCCACCGCGAAUAAACAUUUAUUUAUUCUUUUAUUUUAAUAAAUAAAUACUGUUUAUGUU